GUAUAACCGUGGGGUCUAUAUAUAGGUCUCAGCGAUGAUAACAAGUAAGCCUGGCUUUACAUCUAUUCACCUAACCCCGCAAGAUGUCCCCUCAGAACAUACGCAUUGAUGUUCACCAUCAUUUCUUUCUCGACGCUGAAAAAAAGGCAAAGAAAAAUCUGGAAGUAGGCUGGCGAACACCAGAAGAAAACUUGCCUUGGAAACCGCUGAUUAGUUUAGACGCCAUGGACAAGCUGGGCGUUCGAACAGCGAUUCUCUCUCCCCCUCCAGUCACAUCCUCUUCAAUUGGGGAGGAAAACCGCUCGGAAGUGAGGCAGCAGAAUAUUUAUGCAUCGCAAUUGUGCGCCGCAUAUCCUGACAGAUUCAGAUUUUUCGCUGGCCUCCCAUUCCUGGAUGAUGUUGAAGCUUCGUUAGAGGAGAUUGCCUUCUCCUUUGACGUCCUUGGCGCAGAUGGAGUGGCUCUGAUAUCCAGUUAUGGGGAUGGCAAUUCUGCGAAGUAUGUCGCCGACGACUUGUAUGACCCUAUCUGGAAGGAAUUAGACCGAAGAAGCGCCGUCGUGCUUUUACAUGGUACUCAGACGCCUUCCUCCACGCCAUACCCUCAUCCUUGGCUUGGCGUGCCAAUUACUGAGGUCCCCAACGAGACCUAUAAAGCUGCCGCCCACCUGGUGGUCAGCGGAAAGAAACGACGCUUCCAUAACGUGAACAUAAUCCUCACUCAUCUGGGCGGGAGCACGCCAUUCCUUGCCUCACGCGUCGCUGCCCUUUCGCACCACAUGGGUUGCCCGUUGACGCCGGACGAGAUCAUAGACGAUUUCAAGAGCUUCUAUUACGAAACUGCUCUUAGCGCCCACGAAACGACGCUUACCGCAAUGUCAACAUUCGUACCAUCCGAGCGCCUCCUCUUCGGAACUGAUUUUCCAGCUGUGAGUACCAAGACAGCCGGGUGGUACACGGAGAACUUGGAAAAUUAUUUCGCCGGAAGACCACUGGACCUUGCCAAUAUCAUGCGCGAUAACGCUCUUAGGCUCUUUCCAAACCUAGGGCGAACCAAAGCGCAAUAG